AUGGCGGCCGACCCCACCGAUCCCGGCCUCGAUAGCGCCAUCCGUCAACUUCUCGAUCAGCAGGCCGAAAUCCAGGCGAGGCUCGCUGCCUUGCUGCCCGCAAAGUAUGGUCUCAACGUCAACUUGGAGCUUGACAUGCUCCGCCACAAGUUACGAGUGUUGCAAGCCUACUCCGAACAUCACCAUUUUUCUGCCAGCAUACCAGUCAAUUCUGGGCUCGAGGAGGCUAGGUCAUUGCAGUAUCGGUGCGAGUGUAUUGAGACUGCUUGCCUAGAGCAAGGGCACGAUCUGUUGGACCCAAACAUGGUCGAUGCCCUCAAGCGAUCUCUAUAUGACGAAGCGCCAACUGGCUAUACGGCUUGGUUGGACCGUAAUCUUGAGGGCCACGACCCGGUCAUCCGCGGAUGGAAGAUGAGGGAAAGCCUGUCGCCGUCGUCUCGGUCCACAUCCUCGUUCAAGUGCUGGGACGAACGUUGCAUACAUUACAUCUACGGUUUCCACAACAAAGACGAGCGAGACAACCAUGCUCGAGAGCACACCAUUCACCCACAUCGUGACUCGGGCAUGUCUGUCGACAACACACCGCCACUUCCCUUUCCUGAGUACCCGGCCCUACGACCAUGGGGUCCCGAGACAGGAAAGCAGCCGCUAGCGCUUCAACUUCCAAAGCCGUCACCUAGAACACAGCUAGCUCCGCUGACGACAAGCCAGCCGAAAGAACGCCGCGAUACCCUCCAGUCCUACUCUUUGUGCGAUUCCAACGAGCCUUGCUACUAUUGUGCCGACCAACCCCUUACUCCAAGCAGUGACUUCUGGAAGACCAUCGGCUGUCAUCGUGGCUCCCUGGACGCCUUCUCGGAUAUCAUGCUCCCAGGUCGGUACUCGCACUCCAGAAACAGGCUCAGUCUAACCCUAAAAGCGCCAGUAUCACCAAGACAAAUACAAACUCCGAUCAUAUCUCCGCUGGCUCAACGAAGAAGCAUGAACGAGCAUCUAGAAAACAGCUACCGCAUAUCGCCAGACAUAUUACAUGCAGUCAAAAUAAACCUUGAUUUCGAUGACGGAUUCUGGUGGACGGAGGAGCUUGCGAAUCGUCCUUUGGCCAACUCUACGCUCUCAAAUUAUUCUAGAGAAACGAUCGAUCGGCCACCACCGAUUUUAAACAUCCUCACGGCGAGUUGGAAUGGUGGUGGGACUGCGUACAACUUCCUCCACCUGCUGAAGACCAGCGGCAUAAUUGCCACAACGAGAGAGAUUGAGGAAGCGGUUUUUCCAGUGCUAUACCGGGCGAAACUUCUGCUGCGAGAAGUCAUAUUCUGGGAUCUUCAACAACCCGAACCUUCGAUUCGCCUUGAUGGAGGCCCGCCUCAUCGACCUCUGUUUACUGAUGAGGUCGACCAAGAUGCGCACCUCCGUUUGCUCUACACUUGCAUGUCGCAAUUCCUCCAGGCAUUCGAGAAUGCAACAGUCAGAAAGGGGCCACAUGAUCCAAAGAGCUGGUUUGCCUCAUUUAUUGCGCUUUGCAUCUUCAGUGUUGUGCGUACGAUUUUGGUAGAUAUUGCGUCUUAUCUACCGAGACGUCAUUCAUCGCAGACUCCUCCAGCCUGGAGAGGGACAGGUGGUGUGCAAUCCAUGAAUAGCGUCUACAAGCUUCUGGUCACACUAUUUGCUAGCUCCGGGCCGAUGUUGCUCGACGAACAGACCUUGGAUCUUGACGAACGAGACAGGGCCGUCAUGGACUCGUUGUACAUGAUUAUGCGAAAGGACAUCUGGGGCCAACAGGGUUAUACUUCUUCCAAGGAUUUCUUGAUCCAUCUUGGAGAUGGAAAUAUGGAAGGUGCAGCCACAUUCAACGGGUUUCUAAGGCAAAGAGUCCCAGCACGCCCCGGCAUGUUUGUUCUUCCGCCCAUCGCAAAACCCGGUGAUGAACCCAGGCGUCCUAUGCACGACCCUCGGGCUUUGGGUGAUCCUUGGAUCCCGAAUCCGACUCCACUCUCAGACCGAGAUCCCUUUGCCGCUGCAAUUGGUCCUGACUACCUUACUUCGCCACAAGGAAUAGAUCCCUUGGGCCGCAGACAUACAGUUGGAGAGAGUCCAACGUUUCCACGCGGCUCUUUGAGGCCUUUGGAAUCCCCGAUCUCAGGCGGCAGAGGGCGGCCUACGUAUCAGCGACCCCCGUUACGUCGAGUCUACUGCAUCAAGUGCAAUGAGUACCCUGAAGGUUUCAGGGGGGAGCACGAACUGCGUAGGCAUACCGAUGCUAAACACGCUUCCCUGGUGAGGCGCUGGGUGUGCACUGAGCCAGACAGUUAUAGCCCGACAUUGCCGCAACCUGUCAUACCACUUUCAAAAUGUAAAGCAUGUGUGACGCAGAAACGAUACGGAGCAUAUUACAAUGCGGCAGCACAUCUCAGGAGAGCGCACUUCAACCCGCAUAGAGGCGGGAAGGCCAGUGGGGAUUGGCCACCCAUGACCAUUCUAAAGGACUGGAUGAGAGAGGUGCGGCAAUCUGUUGAUGUCCAGGACCAGGAUGACUCCAGUGGAGGGGAGGAGGCCGAUUACAAACCGCCGCUUGAGUACUUUACCCAGGCGCCACCUCCACCGCCGCCUGCACGAUCCCCUACAUUUGGUCCAACAAUUCUCGCGGCAGCACCGCCGUCCGUCCCCUUGAUGAUAGCUCCCGCUGAAUCGAUGGUGUCUUCUCAGAUGAGCAGCCCAUCCAGCAAGACUCUUGACAAUCGGACCCGGUGUCCUCACCCAGAUUGCGGCCGCGUCUUCAAGGAUCUCGCAGCACACAUGCUUACACAUCAAGAAGAACGUCCGGAGAAGUGCCCGAUAGAAACAUGCGAGUACCACACGAAAGGGUUCGCGCGCAAGUAUGACAAGAAUCGACAUGCACUGACGCACUACAAAGGGACAAUGGUUUGUCCAUUCUGUCCGGGGGUGGGCACUGCAUACGAGAAGGCUUUCAAUCGUGCCGACGUGUUCAAGCGACAUCUCACAUCGGUGCACAACGUUGAGCAGACGCCCCCCAACAGCCGGAAGCUCAUCAUAAGCGGAUCCGGCAAUGUGCGAGGCGAUGGUGCCAAAUGCUCAAUCUGCCAGAGUUAUUUCGGGACAGCUCAAGAAUUCUACGAGCAUCUUGACGACUGCGUUCUCAAUGUCAUCGUGCCGACGUCAGCCAAGACGCCGAGGGACUCGUCGGUGCUGCCUUCUUCAGUGCCAGGUGUGGAAGAAAGGGAACGACUAGGCGACAAUGAUACUAUCAACGUACAAACUGGGUCGCCGGUAGGCGGAAAAAUGGAUACCAACCCAUAG